UGGAUUUGCGAAUCUCUGCGAAGUGAAAGAACCCUCUGGUCGCGAAUUCAAGCCACGCCACUGCCGCCUUGUGGGAAACACUACGACAUUGCGGCUCAUACAAAAUUUGGACUUUAUUUCAGUGUCAAGCUGUCGCUGGCGCUGUGCGGGACUGAACGAUUUAAAGAUCAUCAACUCAAUCUUCCCAAUGAGGGCGUUUGUCUUUGUCUGUCUACUGAUGUGCAUUAUGGCGCUGGCCAGUGCGAGGCGUCAUCAUGCACGAGAGACAGAGGAGAGUGACAAACUGGCCGUAACACUGUACUACGAGUCACUUUGCCCCUACUGCAUGACAUUUGUCACCACACAACUGGGUCCCUCGAUGCUUCUGAAUGAUCGACUGCCAUUCGCGGAUCUCCAGCUAAUACCCUACGGCAAUGCACAUCUGGAUGACGAAGGAAAUGUCGUGUGCCAGCACGGCGUCGAGGAGUGUGAUUUGAAUGCCUGGCAUGGCUGCAUACUGCAGCACCAUAACAUCACCGAAGCUAUGACAAUGAUUGCCUGCAUGAUGCGCGGAAAGAAGAACAGACUGGACAAGUGUGCCGAACACUAUAGCAUCGAUGUGAGCGACGUCAAGGAGUGCCGGAAUUCUCGUAGUGUGAAUGAUAUACUAAAAGAGUACGGCAGGGAGACGGCCGAGGUGAAGCACCAGGGCGUUCCAGCCGUAGCACUGGAUUACGUGUACAACGUAGAAGAACAAAGCAGUCUGCUUAAUCAUUUCGAUAUUGUUUUCUGUGCUCAAUAUGAGCUCAUGUACCAUUUAAAACUAAAGAACUGUGUGUAAUUUUUAAUAAAAAAAACUAUUGAGAAAAUCUCGUACCAAUCUAUCAACUAA